CUCUUUCCUUUCCCCUCUCUCUGUCUCGGUCUCCCAAAGCCUCCGUGUCAAAUUCCGCGUUUUCCCUUAAAACAACACUAUAACAGCGAGUCAGCGACGAAAGCACGACAAACCUUUCGAAUCUCUCUUUCUCUCCCUCUUCCCAAGCCCUCUCUCUGCGGCAUUCCCUUUCGAUUUUCCCCCGGUUCUGUGAUUAAACCCAAUUUUCUGCUUGAAGCUUCCGCCUCCGCCAUUUAAUCCUUCCGCUGAUCCUGAUCUGCCGCCAAUCUCUAAUUUCCCCCUUUCCUGAUCGGAGUUCGGAAGUGGGUUUUGUUGGGUUUCCUUACUACUUCUCUGGGUUCUUUCUUUAAUUGUUCGAAAUUCCCGGGAGGAGUUGGAAAAGAGGGGAAACACAUAGAGAGAUUUCUGGGUUACGUGUGUUCGUUGAGGGGAGAGCAAGCGAUGUUGACCCUAUGGAACUAGUGGUUACGCACCAACAACGCCCAAGAAGACAACCAGAAGAGCAAGGUAAUAAUAACAUAUAGCACUAGCAGAGCACCAUCAGCAUUAGUAGAAGAAGUAAAAUCACGAUGACGCUUUACAUUGGCCGGGAAGCUUCAAAGAAGCUAUGGAAGAGAGUUUGUGCAGAGACAAGUACAGAGAUAAAUCUUCUAGCAGAAAAUUGGAGAUAUAUUCUUGCAGGCUUGAUUUGUCAGUACAUUCAUGGUUUGGCUGCAAAGGGCAUUCAUUAUUUCCACCGCCCCGGACCCAUUUUGCAAGAUGUUGGGUUUUACCUACUUCCAGAGCUUGGCCAAGAUAAAGGGCACAUUAGUGAGAUGCUGUUCAGCUGUGUCUUUCUAUCAUUUAUUUUGUGGACAUUCCAUCCUUUCAUCUUCAAGGUCAAGAAGAUUUACACAGUUCUAUUGUGGUGCAGGGUUCUAGCAUUUCUAUCUGCUUCCCAAUUUCUUCGGGUCAUUACGUUCUACUCCACGCAACUUCCCGGUCCAAAUUAUCAUUGCCGCGAGGGCUCAAAACUUGCCAGAUUACCACGUCCUCAGAGUGUACUUGAAGUUCUCUUGAUUAACUUUCCUAAGGGUGUCAUGUUUGGUUGCGGCGAUUUGAUUUUCUCAUCACACAUGAUCUUCACUUUGGUAUUUGUCCUGAGCUAUCAGAAAUAUGGAUCCCAUAGAUGGAUAAAGAACUUAGGUUGGCUUGUUGCCGUGGUUCAGAGCUUUUUGAUCAUUGCAUCUCGGAAGCAUUACACAGUUGAUGUUGUGGUUGCAUGGUACACCGUCAAUUUGGUGGUAUUUUUCGUGGACAAGAAAUUACCCGAACUCCCUGAUCGGACGGGUGGAGCUGCAGCAUUGUUGCUACCUUUGACUACAAAAGACAAGGAUGAAAAGAACAAAGAAGAGAAUCACAAGCUGUUGAAUGGCAACUCAGUUGACGAUUGGCGGCUGAGAAGCCAAGUGAAUGGCAAGACCAUGGAAGAUACAAAUGGUAUCGCUCCUAACACGAACGCUAUGAACGGUGCAUAGGAAGACGAACGCAACGACUGAAGCUCUUCUGCCAGUCAGAGAAAUUGCUCUGCUGCCUUAAUGGACUACUAUGGACUGGAUCCACUUUAUUCAGAGAAAGAAGAAUAUGAGUAGCCUUAUAUAACUUAACGCUUUAGCCGUCCUCUCCUCUCUGUUGUGUGGUACUGAAAAAAAGAGAGUUCCAGCAACACUUGGUAGCAAAAUCAUCGGUAGUCAUCUUGUUUUAGUGUAAUGAAAAAUUUUCCCUGUUGUUUCUUCUUCUACUUUUGUUCUUUCAUUUUAUUUAUUAAUCAUAUUCUAUCAUUGAACAGUGAAACGUACUUCUCUUCGGUGAAUUCAAGUAUGGGGUCCGGAUACUAUAACAACAACCCUUGUGUUGUUAUGGUAACAUCAUAAUUCAUUAAGGGCAAAAGAGUAAAUUACACGGAAAGUAAUAAAAUAAUUUGAUUAAAAUCCACUAUCUUCUGUCCAUAUCUAAUCUUCCUUCAACCCCAUUGCGAUGCUUCUCCUCCGCUUCCCUUCUCCCCCGUCACCCGCCGCCCCUGCUUCUUCCCCGCCACCCAUACUUCUUCUGUCAUCGGGCGUUUGAUUAUUAGCUGAGGACGGGCUGUAUCUAAGCAGCCACCCCUGGGGCGGGCAGGCGGGUUAUGGCCACUGUGAGUACUUCCAAAAGCGUGACAUCGGGGACAUCGCCAUCGGGUACGAGAUCUUCACCAACCACGACGGGACCGUCCGGAUCAAAUCGAUGCGAACCGGCCAGUUCUGGUUUGCGGACCCUGAACAAAACAUUCUUGAGUUUGAGGCCGAUGACGGAAACGCCGAGAACCCGAGAACCUUCUUCCAGCCGGUGAAGGUGAAGGACAACGCCAUUGCGCUGAGCAGCGUCCGCGCCUUCGGGAACUAUUGCAGCACCCUGAUGGCGUCGUCUGGGAGCAGGGACCACCGCGAACGACGGCUCUGGGCGAGCG